CCGGUGGAUACUUGCUGGGUACACCAACCUUGAACAUUGUUGAGAGGCACAUGAAUAACAGCUCGAAGCUUGACAACGGACGAAAGGCACUGCAAACCAUCACCGGUUCAUGUUAAGGCAAACGGCCUCGACCACAUUGGCACCACUGGAUGGAUGGAUGGAUGGAUGGAUGGAUGGAUGGAUGGAUGGAUGGGGUUCUUGCCUCGGCUUCUUUCGACAUCAUCCUUGUUCCGUCGUUAAAGCCCAUCCUGGCACCUCAAGCAAGCAUGGGGGGGGGGGAUUUGCAGGAUGGGCCCGAGCAACGCCAAAGAUACAAGCUACCAAGACCAAUGGCGGGGGGGGAAACCAACAGCUUAAUCGAGCCUUGAAGAAGACGACGAGUCGACGACCACUCUUGCAAAUUUGCGACUGACUAGGCGGCGAUAUGGCAACGCCGAAAUGCGGCUGCGAACGGGUUUACACGCCCCGGAGCAAAUGUCCCAGAAGGGUUCAACCGAUUAAGCAUCGCACGUUGAACGAGAGAGAAAAAAAGUCUUUGCGCCGCGGCAGCCUGUAUCCGUAC